GCUGGAUGGUGUCUGGUUUGAACUGUUCAAGUUGAAAACUUCGAAUGGGAAGAAAAGGCUGGAAGUUCAACUGAUAAUUUGAUUCUAUUCAGAUAUUUUGUCCAGAGGCGAGUCAGGGAGGGGACGUCAUGCUCUCUGCGACGCCACUGUAUGGAACGAUUCCCACCUGGAUAAGCAAUGAGAGGGCUCGCAUGUGUGGAAUUAAUGAGGACAGGAAGGCGCCUGGUAGUUGCAGUGAACCUCAGAAAAAACAUCUGGAACUGAGAGACGGAAAUCACACCAUACAAAGUAUGGUGGAUGCGAGCGCAGCCUCCAGGAUGAAUCCGCUCAUAGCGCUCAGCAUGGAGCAGGGCGGCCUGAUGAGGGACGGCCUGCGCGCUCACAGCGGGAUGGUCUACCCGGGCAUCCAGGCACUGUCCAAUGACAAGGCAGGGAGGGAGGGGAGCUCUUCCGUGGGGCUGGGCUACCUCAGUGACCGCAUCUCUGACCUGUACUAUAAGCCUGAUGUCGCCCUGGAAAGCAGGAAGCCAGCCAGCGACUAUGUGGGCCUCUACAAGAGCACUCCGCCCGGCCUGCCGAAACCCAUGCUGGUGCCAGGGGCUGUGGGGGAGUCCUUGGGCCUAGAGCACCGCAUGGGUCCCGGUGACAAACAGUCGGACCGGAGCCUGGGUGGCAGCGAUGGGUACCUCCGCCUCCCCUGGAUCAGCCCGUACCCAGACGCAGGCAUGUACUCCUAUCUGGAUUCUACCAAAUACGCCCUCAGCAUGUACAAGGCCUCCUUCUUGUCCCAGCCGCCCCCGUACCUGCAGCAGCACCUGGCCUAUCAGUCCCUGUGUGCCGGAGCGGGGGGCAGCCCGGCCGGCGCCGAGCGUGUGUUCUACGUCCCCCCGUACAGCCCCGCCCCCAUCUCCUCCCCGCUCGCGCCCCCUUUAAGGGUCCCGACUGCGACCGUCGCCCCAGCUGGCCUCCCCACCCUGGUGCACGGCCAGGAAAAGAACGCCGGGCCCCGCAUCCACCAGGAGCCUCCCCGCUUCGGGCAUCAGGCGCAGCAGCUACACCCCCAACCCCACAGUGAGCGAGCGCACAGCAGUAACAGCAAGUCCAGCCGCAACCCCUCCAGCAAAGGCAGCAGUGGCUUUAGCCUGAGUAGUAGUAGCGGUAGCAGCAGCAGUAAUAGUAAGAACAGCAGCCUCCCUGUGGACUCCACCUCAGCCAUACUGUUGGCCUCUCCCCGCACGCCCUCCUGCCUCACCCAGCCCUCAGCUCCGCCCCCACCACCCCAACCCAUCGAAAGCACUUUGGACUCCCAGAAGCUGCUGCCGCGAGGCCUGCAUUCCUCACCCUCUUCAUCCUCCUCUUCAUCCCGUGCUGGGUGCAUGAGUGGAGGAGGGCUUGGUCCCGCAUCGCCAGCUCUGCCUGACAGCCACAACUCCAAAGCCAAGGAGGGGGGCUCCGAGCGCCGGGGCAGCAGUGCGGACAGGAAGUGCAGUAAGUCUCCCCACAAGACUUCUUCUGAGAAGCCAGCUCAGCGCACUCCUUCCAAAGACCUGGCGGAUAAGCCUUUGGACCUGUCUGCCAAAUUAGGGGAAUUUGGAAGUGCUCCCAACGGAUUCUCUCAUAGACUGGAGGUCUCGGCCAAACUGGGGUAUUCUUCUUCUGCUCGAUAUGGGCUGCCACCCAGUCGAGAAGUUCUGAAGGAAACACUCUCCUCCUCCUACUCCUCCACCUCCUCCUCUUCCUCCUCCUCCUCCUCCUCCUCCUCAGUUAGCACUUCUUCCAGACCUCCAGAGAGGCCUGAAAUAAUCAGCACCUUACACUCCUCCUGGGUGGUCCCUGGCUCUGCCCCUGCCUGCAGUGCAGAGGCCAAUCACAACCAAGUUCCGACCAUCGUCAGAAACAAGCACCUGGAUCGUGUGGCCCCCCAGCAGCGCAGCUCCUCAUGUCCCAGAAUUGGGGAGUCACGCUGCACCCCUGCCCCUAACUCCACCCCCACCGUGGUGACUUCCACCGGCCGCCCUGCGUCUGCCUCCCCCUCCCCCAACGUGAACAGUGAGUGGCCCAAGGCUAGUCCCAGCAUUCCCGAGAAGGAUGUGACAGCUGGCCACAUUACCUGCCAGACCUUGGGGAGCAAAAAACCCACAAAAGCUCCCGAAAGACCUGAGAGACAGGAAAUCGCCUACAAGCAGCUCCAUCUGGAGAAUGGUCAUGCCCCUAGCCACCUUUACCUGCCCCAGAAUAAUACAUUUCUGCCCCCAAACUUGGCAUACACAAACAGAUACCUGCCGUUCUCUGUUCCCGACAGCGUGUCCCUCCCUCAUGUGGGCCUGUCGGGUAAAGGGCCAGUUUACCCGCACCCUGCCCUGCUGGGCAGCAGUAGCCUGUACCCGGCACACCUGGCUCCAAAGCACUGCCUCUCCUACACGCUGCCUCCCAGUCACGGCGAGUACCUCACCUAUCACGAUUCGCAGGAGAUGGUGCACCCCCUGAUGUCUCCCCGCCUGACCCUGGACUCCAAAGGCGGAGAGCACGUAGGGCAUAGAUCCAGGCCCCAGGACAAGCACAGACACAGCCAGGAUUCUGCCCACCCCAGUCGCCACACCGCUGAGCUGGCCGGCAUACCGCCCAGGCCUGACAGGAAAGCGGAGAAGCCCCCGCCAGCCGUUGGCAUUAGUCUGAUCCAGGACGACACGCACAGUGGGUCCCAGAAGGCCCCCAGCGCUCUCCCUGCCAGGAAAGGGGAUCCCAGCCGCCCCACGGGCAGUGGGCCAGCCAGCAGCGAUGGGGCGGAGCCGGAGCUCAUGCAGAUUCUCCUCUCCCGCCAGCAGGCCGAGGCCUGGCGUAGACCUCACACGGAGGAGCAGGGUGUCGGCGACAAGUGCGUCUCCCCCGCCGUCUCCCCCGCGAGGCUCAGUCCAAGCGAGGACAGCCCCUCCCCCCUCGGCCUGCUGGAGCAGCAGACGCUCCGCUGCGCCCGUACGUCAGGGGACAGGAGCCGUAAGGACCAUCUGAAGGAGUGCCUGGGACACGAUGAGGCCCAGCGGUACGACGAUGGCGGCAGCCACUGCUCCUCCAAGACCUGGAGGUCCAGCCUGGCCAAAAGGAUCGCCAACUCCUCUGGCUACGUGGGCGACCGCUUCAAGAACGUCACCGCAGAGCUGUACGGUGAUUCCAGCAAGCUGAGCCGAGAGCAGCGCGCCCUGCAGAUGGAAGGCUUAUCACAAGAGGACAGUAUUAUAAAUCAACCUGCCGCUAACUGUGAGCGUGCGAUGAUGCGUUUCUCCGAGCUGGAGCUGAAGGAGAAGGAGGGCAGCUCCGCGGCGGAACAGGAGCUGGCGGGCGGCCAGCGCGGAGACGGAGACUGGGACGGCAGCCAGCGCAGCGGAGGAGACCGGGACGGCGGCCAGCGCGGCUCCAGGCCCGGGAGCCCCGCCCCCGCCCAGACACAGAGGGAGGGAGCGCGUGCGGAAUGUGGAAGCAGUAUGGUUCCAGCCCUGCAGAGGUGUGACACACAGUGUGAAACCCCGCCCCUCAGGGGGCAGGACCAGGCGCGGGGCUCCGAGAAGGCCGGCUGGACGCUGGAGGAUGCCAGGCUCAUAGGGGCGCAGACGUCGGCCAGGAAACGCACGCUCAGCCUGGGGGAGGGACAAGGGGAGGCCCAGGGCGCAGAGGAGACGCAGGCCAGGAGGCCCCGGCUGAUGGCUGGUGAACUUGCUGGUCCAUUAACCCCCACACACAGUGAGGAGGCAGACCCAACCAGCAUCCUCCUUCCCCCUCAAGGCCACGCCCACCUCCCUAACGGCCCCUCCAAGCUGUCAGACAAGCGGCAGCGGCUGCAGGAGCAGCGCAGACAUGGGGACGCAGAGAAACCGAAGGGGAAGCGGCCCUGCAAGACCAAACACACGAGCCUGCGGGAGCGGCGGGCGGCGUCUCGUACAGUGCAGGAGCGCUCCAGCCCACACCCACAGCAGCAGGUUUGUUUGGAACAGUCGUCAAGCAAAGGGUCAGCAUCGCUGUCGGAUUACGACUCCUCCCCAGUCAAGCCCUGCGCCCCGUUGCUGUGCCCCGUCACCCCCCAGACGCCCCUGCAGAAGCCCCCCUCGCAGCCUUCGGCCGCGGACACACCCACCGGCCGGCCCAUGCCCCCUGAAGCGCGGAGGCUGAUCGUCAACAAGAACGCGGGAGAGACGCUGCUGCAGAGAGCGGCGCGGCUGGGAUACCAGGAGGUGGUGCUGUACUGCCUGGAAAACAAGGUGUGUGACGUGAAUCACCGUGACAACGCUGGAUACUGCGCCCUGCACGAGGCCUGCGCCCGCGGCUGGCUCCCCAUCGUGCAGAGCCUCCUGCAGCACGGAGCCGACAUCAACUGCAGCGCCCAGGACGGAACCAGGCCUCUUCAUGACGCUGUGGAGAAUGACCACCUGGAUGUGGUGAGGCUGCUGCUGUCCUAUGGAGCGGACCCCACGCUGGCCACCUACUCCGGCCGCACCCUCCUCAGAAUGACCCACAGUGACCUGAUGGAGUCCUUCCUGUUAGAUUACUUUGCUGACCUGCAGGGCCGCGCUGACAAUGACCCCAAGCUGUGCUGGGACUUCUAUGGCAGCGCAGUGUGUGAACCUGUGGAGGACGCGGGUCACUGGGACGUGCUGGCCAACCCCCCGGGGCCUGACGAGGAGGGGGAGGAGGAGGAGCAGAAGGAGGUGUUUGAGUUUGAGUUCUCAGACCAGCCCCUCCUGCCUUGCUACAACAUCCAGAUGUCCAUCUCUCAGGGGCCGCGGAACUGGCUGCUGCUGUCAGACGUGCUGAGGCGGCUCAGGAUGUCCCCCUCGGCCUUCCGCGCGGCCUUCCCGCACAUCCCCGUGGUCGCCAUCGCAGAAGCCGAGUUCCACCGCCAGGCGCUGAUCAGCCAGCUGCGCAGCCCCGACGAGCUGGAGGGCUUCCUGCCGGACAGCGCCGAGCCACUGCACCUGGUACAGGCUGGCAGAGAGCUGGCCACCCUGCUGGGGUCCUCUCUGGAGCGCCUGGACAGCCGCUGGAAUGCCGUCACCAUGGAGACCUUGUGACCCAGGGCGCGUGUGCUUGUACAUAGUGUAAGACUGCUCAGAAUGCUGUGUGCGUGCCGUUUCUGAGCAAAAACAUGACAACCAUGCAGAAGGACUCUUAAUUUAAUGAUUCUUAUUUUUAUAAAUAUGAAACUCUGUAUAUGUAAUCUUCUGAUUUGUUGGUUUUAUUUUAUAUAUGGUCACGUUUCUUUCCCUUGUGAAAAAUGGUUUCCACAGCAAAUUUUAGUGCUUAUAAUUUGGACCCAUUGCCUAUGGCAAUAUGGUGUCUCACUGAGGUGAAGAAUAUUAUGGUGGAGCUACAGAGGGAGAGGCUAUAUAGUUUAUUCUGAUUUAUUCAGUGCACUUCAGGUGGUUUCCAGACCUGCCUGCCUUAGUCGGGUGAAUAAAUAUUGUUUGAACGCUAAAGUUACUUUUGAAGGAGUUUGUAUUCAUAGGUAACUGACGACUCUCGGAGAAAUUUUCCCUUACAGAGCUCCGCCAUCUGGAGCAGUUUUGUACCUUUGUUCAAACCUGGGUUUUACUUCUCUUAUUUAAGAUGUCAAUGUAACAUAUUUUCUUGUGUCUUUUGUAAAGUAAAAAAGUUUUAAGAUUAAAUGAUAUAAGCUGUUUAACAGGAACUUGUACUUGUAAAUAGCAGGGUGUCAAUAACAGUCAGUGUCUGAUUGGUGUGUUUGCUGUUUUUGGAGAAGUGUUUAAACUUUGUAAUUAAAA